UUCAAUUAUUCAAACAAAGGAACAAAUAGUUUAGCCUGUCACUUCAUUAUACGCGUUCUGUAGCUGCCUGUUGACCUCUCUUCGCCGGUAUCGUGACACGAUCCCAAGAUCGCAAGUCCGGAGCUCCUCCCCGCCGCCGCGGUAACGCAAAGGGGAAAGAAGGAGACAUAAAAGGAGGACUUAGGUUUCCAAUGAGGUCGAUUGACAGGGGGCAGAAAAGGUUGCAAGAAAAGAAUAAGAGGAAAGCCCUAGCGAAGAGGUUCAAGGGAAAAGGAGGUGAGGAGCGGUGAUGGGGUCUUCUCUCUCCAACCUGACUGAGUCUAGCAAUGCAGGCGAUGGUGGUCCUGGACUCGGAGACAUACCAGAGAGCUGCGUGGCCUCCGUGUUCAUGCACCUCACGCCACCGGAGAUCUGCAAUCUUGCUCGUCUCAACCGAGCUUUUCGCGGCGCAGCUUCAUCUGAUUCAGUUUGGGAGUCGAAACUGCCCGGAAAUUACGCUUCCAUCCUCGAGUUUCUGCCCCCCGAGAGUUACCAGAACAUUUCCAAGAAGAAGGACAUCUUCGCAAUACUCGCUCGUACUGUCUUCUUCGAUGACGGCAAGGCCGUCUGGCUCAGUCGGCUUACCUGUGGUGUCUGUGUUUCUGUCUCUGCUAAGGCGAUGAAUAUAACGGGAAUAGAUGAUCGGAGGUAUUGGAGUUGGAUUGCAACUGAAGAGUCCAGGUUUCAAGCGGUGGCUUAUCUGCAGCAAAUGUGGUGGGUUGAGGUGAAUGGAUCAUUAAAAUUUCCAUUUCCUGCUGGCAUGUAUAGCCUUUCAGUCAGGCUGCACCUUGGAAGAUUUUCAAAGCGGCUCGGGCGCCGUGUUUGUAAUUAUGAACACACCCACGGCUGGGAAAUAAAGCCCGUCCGCUUUGAGAUCACCAUUUCAGACGGCCAACGAUUGUCACAGGGCUGCUUCUUGGAUGACUAUGAAAAAGAUGAGGCAAAUUGUAACAGCAAGCGCGGCGUCUGGAUAGAUUAUCAUGUAGGCGACUUCGUUAUCAGCGGUUUCGAUAUGGUGGAAAUAACGUUUUCAAUGAAGCAGAUUGACUGCACGCAUUCGAAAGGGGGUCUUUGCAUAGAUUCUGUUUCAAUUAUGCCUAAGGAGAACCCGCUGAAUGAACCCCUGCUGAAGUAG